UCAGGCAAAAAUGUUUUCUGAUAAUUUCUUUGAGCGCUUCAGAAGUCGUUUAUGGAUCCUCAGAGAGGUUCCCUUCAAGAAUAACACGUUUGUUGAAUGCUAUUUUGUUGACCAAAGCUUGCUUGAUUCGUCAGGUUCUCAACAUGUAAUUCUGAACAGGAAGUUUGUUGAGUACGCGAUCCAGGGAUGGGAAAAUUUGCCAAGAUUGCUUCUGCUAUACUUCUCGAACACUAGAUCUUCUCAUAAAGGAUAUUUUCAGACUCUUGCGUGCAAUACUAAGGAGUCUUCAGACGCUGUCAUCAACUCCAACUUGCGGUUCGUUAACUCAGACAACACUGCACGGGAUCCCUCAAUCUUCAGAGCUUCAAAUUCCGAUAGAAUACUAAGAAGGGAUGUUGCAUUCGUUGGCAACAUUUCCGCAGAUUCUCCCUUAUUGGACAUGAUUGAUGCACACAUUCUUAAUCGUGGUCGGGGUAUGGUCUCACCUGGAGGUUGGUGUUUAGGUAGCUCAAAUUGGUUCAGUGAUCCUUGCGGUGAAUGGGGCGAUCCUAGUGUUCUAAGACCAGGGCUAGCUGCAAAAGGACUCGAAAAGCUCAUCCUGAAAUCGAUCAAAGACAUGUCAAUCGGGUCGAGCAGAUGUCAUCAUCAAUGA